GGGGAAUGGGGAAAGGAAAGUUCCACGAGAACGAAAAGUCCACGCGUCCGGUCUCCUCAAGGCACUGAGUUUUGAGUUUCUCUUUCUGGUCAUUUUUGAGUUGAGACUUGCCGAUUACAGUUGUACUUACUUUCUGAAAGUAAAUAUGAUCAGUUUAAUUCACAUUUUCAUUGUGAGUGUGUUGUUUUGUACAGGAUACUGUGAUUCUUGUAAAAAUGCAGAAAUCUCUUCAAAGUCUUUUACGACACAAGAUGCUACAAUUGUCACAAAUAUAGCAUAUAUUUCAGAAUUUAGUGUGAAAUGUGGAUCGGGGUCUCUAUCGCAUGCAUAUGCCGAUGUUGAAGGUACUGUUGUGCCUGUUUUUGAAACUGCACCAAGUACAUUUCAAGUUAGUUGGACUGAGGAGAUAAAAAAUGCCCGUCGUGGUGAGAUCAAGAUUCGUUUAUUUGAUGAAGAUGGUUACACUGCCUUGAGAAAAGCAUUAAGAGCAAAUGAGGACAUCUCAACUGUAUCGCCACUUUUUUCUGUUUCUGUCAGUCAUCCAGGUGCAUUCAAUGGUCCUUGGUUAAAGAGUGAAUUUCUAGCGGUUGCUCUCUCAGUUGUUGUAGCAUAUUUAGCUUUGAGUUCAAGAUCAAAAUUGUUGUCAUAAAAGUAAAAUUGUACAUUUUAUUGAGAUAUUUUUUACAAUUGUUAUUAAUUUAUACCAACAUCGUGUGAAACAUGUUUUAAUUGUAAAUACACACAUUUAUUUUA